AUGGCGGAUGAAGUUGAGCGGCUUGCGGUCGCACCUUUUAGGGAGAUUGUUGAAAAGGGCAGCGUUGCAAUUGACAAUGCGCCAAGUGCGGAUGAAGAGACGUCACCGCUUAUGCUCAAGGCAGCGCAGAGUCUAGUAAGAGAGGGCGAACGAGCGUUGAAGCGGAUUGAACCACUCUGCGCUAAGAAUUUCGACGAAUACGGCGUGAACUUUGUAGAUGCGAUUAAGGAAAACGAUGAAAUCGCGCAGUACCGAUCGGAGCUGGAGGACUUGUUAUGGGAUUUCGACGAAUAUGUCGAAGUCACCGAGUUCGACCCCGAAAAAUUCGAGGAGUUGCAGAAGGCUUCGAGGAAGGCAGCGCCGAAGAUCGUCGAUAUACUCAAGAGGAUGAAACUCGUCGCCCCGGCGCCAACCUCGGCAUCGUUGUCGUCAAGAUCAGUUAUGCCUGACCACCUCAAGCGUCACUCGCAUGAUUCACAAGUUUCCACAAGUAUUGCUACCGACCCUCCGGCACGCACUUCGGCAGAUAAACUGAUGGAAGAGACAGAGCUGCAGCUAAGCAGCAUGAUGGGGACCAUGGCCGGCCCUGACGAAGGCCUGGACGCGAACCUACCUCGACGGUCGCUCACGGACUCCGACCGAAACCACUGGCGCCGCUCCGAAGCUGAGAUAUCCGAUGAGACCUCCGACCCGCCACCCAGACCCCCCUCUGCCGACCCAUGGCAAGUCGGCAUCGCUCCGCCCGUCAGCCCCAUUGAACGUAACGGCGAGGGAGAUCGAUGGGAACGAGACCGCCGCCCUCCGGCCCCCAGCGACUCCCCCACUAUUCCUCCCGCCCAGCCCGCCAGCCCGCGCAGCUAUGUCACAGUACCGUUGCGGACUCGUAAUAGAAUGGACGAGCCCAGCGAUCCGGCUCAAAGAAACGACGACGACGACCUUCGAAUGCGCGCGGCUUCUCGGAGCUUCGGAACAGCUAGUGAUGGAUCCCGGUCCCCCGGGAAGAGCAAUCGCUGGACUAUCUCGACGCAGGGCUCGAUGCCAAGAUCGCACAGCGGCUUUAUGUCUGCCCGGUCGCCUGGCACCGAGGGAUCCGGAUCGCCAGGCCCGCCCCCCGACUCUGCUGCCAACCGCUCGCCGUCAGAUGCAUCCUCUACAAUGGGACACACGCCGUCCAUUCCCGAGAACGUCGCCGUUCAUAGCCAGGCCCCCAAGACUAGCUUGCCGCCUAUCCCCACCUUCCCUCCGCGACAGACCUCCUUGGCGAAGCAGAGUAGCCUUCGUCGCACCAGUCGUGGGCCUUCCACCGAGUCUAUCAACAGCUCCGUUUUCGAUAUCAUCGAGUGCAUGAGUGCUCCGAGCCCCAGUGCAAACACCACACACCGGAACUCGGUCAUGUCUGUAGAAGCUACAAGCCCGCGAGGACAACCGCCAGAGUAUAUGGCAAGCCCGCCUCUGUAUCAGCAAGUAUCGGGGGGCAUGUCCUCUGCCGGGGGGAGCCUUGCAAACAAUUCUUCGUCUACUCUUACCGUCCAGCCGGGCAUGGUGUCUAGUCCACGGUACGGAGGCAUGGACGAGGGCCUGAUCCCAGUCGACAUGGAAAACCCGUCACCGGAGGGGCAGCUCACGCCGCUGCGGGAACCGGACUGCACUAUAGGCCCCUUCAGCUCGUUCUAUAAGAUGAAGGGCUUCUGCAAGGGAGCCGAGGAGGUCAUGGCAGGUCGGCUCGGCUUCAAGAAGAUCAAGCGGCCCGUUGGUGGCUUCUCUAUGGCCAUCGUGGCCAAGUGCAACCACUGUUUGUUCGAGAUCGAUUUCAAGUCCGUAGAACAAGAUUUAAAUAACGACUCAUCCGGCAGCUUCACCUCGAACUCCAUCGGCUUCCGGCUGCGGAUCCUGCAAAAGAGCCACCUGCAGAUCCGGCACAUCGAGGAGCAUCUGUACGGGUGCCUCUUCUGCAUCCAGCAAGGCAAGACCGUCGAGGAGAGCGACGCGACGGUGUUCUUCAACCAGAGCCAGCUCUUCGCGCACAUGGCGCGGCACCCUCGCCCGCUGCCCGCCGUCCCGGGAGUCACCGUCUUCGAGGGCCCGGACCUGCCGCUCGAGUUCCGGGACAACUUCGACCUGCACUUCCCGCACGCGCCGAUGCCGUCGGUGAUGAUGGGCCUGUCGCGCGAGCUGUCCCGCCUCCCCUCCGCGACCGCGACCGAGACCCGCAAGAUACAGAACGGCGUCAUGCGCUCGCCGCCCGGGCGCGAUAAGGUGCUGCACUACGCCGUCGGGGCCAGGAUUAUCGGGAUAGAGUUCCCGAUUCAGUACGAGGGGAAGUGGGGGAUAGGCUGGCAUGAUGGCGUGCGCGCGGCGUUCGAGACGGACUCGAUACAGAUCGACGCGCCGCCGAAGAACGAGAUCAAGAUGCAGGGCACGAGCAAUAUCCAGGCGGUCGCCCGCUGGAAGUGGAACCACAAGGGCGAUGAUAGGUGGCUGAGGUUCGAUAAGGGGGAUGUGAUUAAGAAUAUUGGCUGGGCAUACACCGACCACUGGUGCUGGUCCGGCACGACAUCCAAGGGCUGGGGCAUCUUCCCGCAAUCGCACCUGGACCACAGCUCGAAGAAGACGGUGCAGCCGGGCGAUAACGCCAGCGUGUCUAGCUGGGAGAAAAAGGGGCCGCUGCGCUUCCAGCUGUCCCUGCGAAAGAAUUCGGACCGCAAAGUGGGCGCGUUCGAUCUUGGCGAGGCGCCUAUCCUCCCUAGCAGCAGAAUGGGUAUUUACUAG